CGCACCACACACGUACCGCUGGAAACUUUCUCCUGAGAGAAAGUGCAAAAGUGUUUCACCUUUUCAAACUUUAGAAAUGUUUCUGUCGGAGUCUGACGAUGAAUUACAGGAGCUGGAGUGGGAUUCGGACUCUGAAAUCGACGUGACCGACUGCAGUUUUGAUGAUGACUACACACCGAGGGGGCUGGCCCGGGGGUCUCAGCCGGAAGACUUCACUGAUGAGGAUACUUCAGAUGAGGAGUGGGAGAGUACGCCUGCAAAGAGAAAAACCACCAGGAAGCGUAGGAGCCCUGCUUCUUAUUCUCCUGUGUCAUCACCACUGAAGUCCCCAUUUAAGAGUCCUCCAAGGAAGAAGAUCAACAAUGCAUCUAAAACCCCCAAAAAUAAUGUCUCCUCGAAUAUUGGCAAGACGUUCUCCUCUCCACGAGGGAGAAAUCAACGUAAAAAGACACAAACUUUAAAAAAGGGAAUGGAGGAAGCUGAUUUUGAAGACCGCUGGCAUGACAUUGAUGAAGAAGAUAUUGAACCUCCGCAGCCAAAGUUCAGACCUGAAAGAGAUGUCGGGCCACAGCUGAACAGAACUUCAUCUUACACACCACUCGAUCUCUUCCAGCUCUUCUUCUCUACGACAGUGAUCGAUACAUUGGUCAAAAACACCAAUAUCUACGGGAAAAAGAAACACCAAGGCAACAAGAAAAGCUGGGUGCCAGUCACGGCAGCAGACAUGUACUCCUUUCUCAGCCUCGUCCUCUAUAUGGGUAUUGUACCACUAAAAGCCAUGAGUGAUUACUGGAAAGGCUCCCAGCUGUUCAGCUUGCCAUUUCCUGGUUCUAUCAUGCCCAGAACACGGUUCACAACUAUUCUCAGCUGUCUACACCUGAAUGAUCCGGCAGUUGAAGCGGCCAAUGAGAAGAAAAAAGGGACAUUAAAGUAUGACAGAUUGUGCAAGGUUAAGCCACUUUAUGAGCAGAUUCUGGAGGCCUGCUACACUUUCUAUCAUCCUCAUCAGCACAUCUCUAUCGAUGAACGGAUGGUGGCGACUAAAGCAAAGACUGCACUGAAGCAGUACAUUAAAAGCAAGCCUACUAAAUGGGGAUUUAAGCUUUUUGUUUUAGCAGACUCAGCGUGUGGCUACACCCUGAACUUUUUUGUGUACUCAGGAAAAGAAAGUAAACCUUCAGGGAAAGGAAAUAGGUAUGACAUUGUCAUGAGACUGUUGAACAUCCCCUUUCUGGGCAAAGGAUACAAGCUCUAUGUGGAUAAUUUUUACACCAGUCCAAAACUCUUCUCCGACCUCCUGAAGAAGAACAUCUUUUCCUGUGGUACUGUUCGCACCAAUGUGGCUGGUUAUCCAAGAAAGAAACCGAAUGACAUCCCAGAGAAAGCACCAAGAGGAACCAUCCGCUGGAUGAGAAAAGGAGCGCUGCUGUUUGUGAAGUGGUUGGACACCCGGGAGGUGACCAUGUGUUCAACUAUGCACACAGCAUACAGCAACGACACAGCAAAUCGCAGUAUAAAAGGCGCAGAUGGAAGCUGGAUGGUGAAGCAAGUGCCUGUUCCAGGUUGCAUCAAAGAUUACAACAAGUACAUGGGCGGCGUUGACCUCUCAGAUGCUCUUAUUGGCUACUACAACGUCCUCCAGAAGACUACUAAGUGGUACAAAAAGUUGUUUUAUCAUUUUGUUGAUAUCGCCACCGUUAAUGCCUUCAUCAUCCAUAAGGAUAUGUGCAAACUACAGCAUCAGCAAGUAAUGUCUCAGAAGAAGUUCAGGGAAGAGCUGAUUUUGGCCCUGGCAGCCAUUGGGUCAACUCCAAACAGAGCAUCACCACAAAACCAUAUGGUAUCUCCUUUCCCUUUCAAAAGCCCCCAGAAGUCCCAGACAUCGCCUUUCCCCGCAUUCAGUGCACCACCCAACUCAACUUCCUUUCCAUUCACAGAGGAUCCCACUGGUAGCAGCCCUCAUCCUCUGCGUUUAGGUCACCUGCCAGCUUAUUUUACAGAGCACAUGAAAAACGUGCCUUUAAGAGACAGAGGCACUGCUGGCAGAAGGCAGUGUGUUCUGUGCAAAAUGAAGUCCCCGAUUUAUUGUAGGACUUGUCUUAAAACUCUGUGUUUAACCACUUCAAGGAACUGUUACAGUGAGUGGCAUGAAAGCAAUGGUAUCACUGUCUGAGCAACAAGACUCAAAGGGCCAGGCAUAAAGCAGCAACUAAAGGGCGUGGGGCCUAGUGAUUUGGGGCAUGUCUGAGUGUUUUGCUAGUUACUUGGCACACAAUGUGGGUGCAGAACAAAGUACAUUUUUCAGUGUAUCAUGACUCAAACCAAUCAGUUUACAGAACCUGUAGGCUUGUGUGUUGUGGAUUUCAUUCCUUUUUUCCCCAAAAUGGACCAGCCAGCUCAUCAGACUUCUCUCUUUUCAUUGUGCCUCUGAAUGCACAGAACAUUUUGUGAAAUAUCGUGAAGUUGAAUUUCACUGAAGCAUUCCCUAACACCAGACAUGACCAAAAAAGAUGUGCGAAAGCACAAAAGCAUUGCCCCAUUUAUCAUAAUCAUGUAGACAUGCCAAAAGGAUUACACGGGUGUUAACUCAUGUUCUGUAAGCUCAACUUCAAAAUAGAGUAGGCUGUAAAUGUUUACUUUUUCUCUUGGCUGUCUUCUAAAAGGCAUUUGUAAUGGACACUGGACAGCCUUCACGAAUGUCUGUAGGCUCCUUUGUCAGCAUCACUGAAAGUUAAGUGUAAGAUUGGUUAAAUAUCUCAAUCUCUGUUGCAUGAAAGUGUGCGAGUUUGUGUUCUUAUGUGCAUAGUAGACAAAACUUACACUUGGGCAGGCAUGUGUGGAGGCAAGCCUGGAAAACCAGAACAUAUAACUUCCUUUCUCCCAGCCCUGUUUCACACUGAAAACUAAAUUUUAUGCACUGAAAAGCACACUGAGCUGUUCUUGUGAACUCACUGAUGUAUGCUGACUAACAACUCAAAGUACCUCUCAAUCUUUUCUUAAAUGACAUUCAAGAACUUAAAGGAACUGUUAAGUGUCUUAAAGACCAGUUAGUGGUUUAUUACUGCCCAGAUUAAUCUUACUAUGUAGUGGUAGCUUUGCUCAGGAGCUGAUGAGCCUGAUUUAUAUCUCUGCAUCAAAUCUAUGCCAUAGCACAUGCCACAGGUUCUUUCAGCCCUGAACCUUUUGCGGAGGCCUACAUGCCUUAAUGAUUAUUUGAUUUUUUACUGUGAUGUGAAAUAUGCCAAUAUUUACGGAUUCAUUUUAUCAGAUGAUACCAAUGCUCAUAUAUGUAUUCCAGACCUAAAACUUAAGUUCCUUAAUCACACUGAAAGCUUAAGCAUAAAAAAAGAAAUACAUUCUAUCAGGAUGAUAUCAACAUCUGCAGAUUUACAGCUAACAUCUGUAGUGAUAAUCUACCUGCAUCACAUGUAAACAUUAACCAUGAGAAAAAAAUAAGUUAGUGGAGUUUUAGGCUCGUCCAACAGAUCUACGACUGCUUAAGUCUUUUUCUUUAUUCAUUGU